AUGGGCGGCUCAGAAAUCUCCGGUUUCGAGUGGGUAGCCACCCUCUGGGGCCUCGAGCCACGGUGGACCAUCGAGCUUGAUGAAGACGCCAUCCAGAAGACAGUCCAGCUUGCUCUCCAGCGGCAAUGCCCUGCUUCUAUUAUGCUCUUGGCUAAGGGUACUUUCAAUAGAGUCUACUCUGUGGGCGCUAAGAACCCAGAGGCUGCUGUGAUCCGUAUUAGAUUUGAGUGGAUUCUUAUGGAAAAGUUGAAAGGGAAGACUCUAAGCGAUGCUUGGAGAGAGAUAGACUUUACAGCCAAGCAACGUCUUGUUCGCCAGAUUGCCCAAUUCUAUUCCGAUACUUUUUCUCAUCAGAUGGAGACUAUUGGAAGCCUGUAUGAGAGUUCGUCCUCUGAAAGCCAGGCCACGCAUAUCGGAAAAUCAACAUCCUUCGGAUUUUAUGUUAGAGACCCUCAAAUCCAAGUUCACCGAGGCCCCUUUACUUCAUCCAGGGACUGGAUAACCGCUCUGAUUGACGCAGCAGAGGUAGACUGCAAGUAUCGCCUUGAGAUCGCGAAAGAACAAUCCGAUGACGAGGAAGGGGAGGAUUCCGAAGAUCUUGAGACGUCACUCAUAAUUCUUGCUAAAUUAAGGGGCCAAAUCGUCAGCUUCUUUCCUGGGACAAGUCCAGAACCAACAAUCCUCAUGCACGACGACCUCAACAAGAAGAAUAUCAUCGUUGACGCUGCGGGGAGCUUGUCCGGUGUGGUCGACUGGGAAGGGGUAUCUGCCUGCCCGCUGUCCAUAGCCUGCCAGUACCCCGGCUUCUUAGAUGGCAAAGACAGUACAACCAAACCCGUCAAGAGUUCCUACAUGCACGACGAGGACGGGAAGGUCAACGAACUCUAUUGGGAACACUUGGAGUUUUGGGAACUCCAUCAAUUGCGAAUUUUAUUCAUGGAUAUUAUGCAGGCUUUGCAGCCUCGUUGGGUGGAGGUGUUUAACAAGAGUCAAAGACAGAGAGACUUUUACAUUGCUAUCUGGACCUACGAUAAUCCUUUAAACAGGAAGAGGUUAUUGAAGUGGUUAAGUGACCUUGAAUCAGGUAUUCCUAGUGUGACGGGGCUAGAGGAAAGAAUUCACAAUAGUAUCUUGUAG